AUGCCUUCGCCUAUUCCUCAGCCCCAUGGGCUUCCAAUUCUUGGAAAUAUGUUUGAUAUGAUCCCUGGCAAUACCUGGGCGUCUUUAAAUAAGCUGGCAGCAGAACAUGGUGGUGCUGGUAUCUUCAAAAUCAAAAUCCUCACCAAGCAACUUGUCUUCAUUACAAACGCCGCUCUGCUCGAGGAAAUCUGUGAUGAGAAGCGCUUCCGAAAAUGUGUCACCGGUCCGAUUGUCGAGAUCCGCAAUCUUGUCCACGACAGUCUCUUUACUGCGUUCGACAACGAGGAAAGCUGGGGCAUCGCGCAUCGUAUCAUGGCUCCUUCCGUUUCGCCCGAGGCCGUCAAGGAAAUGCAUAGGGACAUACAACUUACAGCAGAUGACCUAAUCUGGAAAUGGACUUCAACGGACAGCACCGGACAGCGUGUGGAUGUCACUGAUGACUUGGAACGACUCAACCAUGCCGCCAACAUGAAAUGCUUCUUCAGUCAGCAUGUAGACUGCGUCCUUGGCGAAGAACCCGCCGUCAUCAAAGCUAUGUCUGAUAUAACCUUCGAGUGCGUACGUCGACCCACGCGACCUAAGCUCCUCACUCGGCUCUUGUACCAGAGUAAAUUCGACAAGGAUAUCAAGAUUUCUCGCGACUAUUGCGCUCAGAUCAUCGCCAAGCGACGCGAUAAGCCUGUAGAACGGAACGAUUUGCUGAAUGUCCUACUUCACGAAAAGGACCCGAAGACCGGAGAAUCCCUUCCAGACAGCCGGGUCAUCGACGAGAUAAUCAACAUUUUCAUCGGCAGCUCCACAGCCCCGAAUCUCCUCUCCUUCACUCUGUACUAUCUCGCCAAAAACCCAGACGAGGUCACCCGUGCCCGUGAGGAGAUCGACGCCCUCGUCGGUCCCUCCGGCCAAAUCGAACACUUCCAUCUCUCGCAAUUACCCUACUGCGCAGCCAUCCUCCGUGAAUCCUUCCGUCUCUGCGCCCCAGCCCCGGCUUUCAACAUCGAGCCUUUGCCCACCGAUGGUCCGGUCCUACUCGGUGGAGGAGAAUACGAGAUUCCCAAGACACAGCCCAUGAUUGCAAUCCUGUCCGCUGUCAACCGCGACCCUGCUGUCUUUGAUGACCCCAAUGAUUUCAAGCCCGAGCGCAUGCUCGGCGAGGCCUUUGAUCGGCUCCCAAUCGGUGUGAAAAAGGGGUUCGGGAACGGGAAGCGUGAGUGUUACGGUAAGCGGUAUGCUUGGGAAUGGACGUUGCAUGCACUCAUUCGCAUCAUCAAGGAUGUUGAUUUUGAGUUGGCGGAUAAGGAGUAUACAUUUGAUAUGGAAGGGAAGAAUUUCAAUGGCGGUUUCAAUGUCAAGCCAUACGGCAUGUUUGCAAGGACUAAGAAGAGAAACGCGGCCGUUUAA